AUGUCUUUACCUGUAUUCCCGAAACCAGAAGAGAGAUACGUGGAAGAGGAGGAUGAAGAGGAGGAGGCUUGGUCUCUGGCUGAUGCUAAGGCCGUUGUUUUGGCUAAGGAUUGGGCUGAGUUUGCCAUUAAGGCUGGGCCCUUGGAUGUGGGUGAGGAUGUGAAGGAAGCGGCUAUAGCUUUCCUUCAGACUUUGGCUGAGAAUUUGGCUAAGGCUGAGGACGGGAAUGAGGAUGAGGAGGACGAUUGGGUUUUGGCUAAUGCUUGGGCUGUGUUUGUGUUUAAGGUUGGGCUUGCGGACGUGGAUGAGGAGGUGAGGAAGUUGGCUCAAGCGUUAAUUUUUGCUUGCGAUGAGAAUUUGGCUAAGGCCGAGGAUGGGUAUGUGGAUGAGCCGGAAGAGGAGGAGGAGGAGGCUUUGGAUGCUGAUAUAGAGACUUUUGCUAUGGCUUGGAAUAUAGAUGCGGACGGGGAGGAGGCUUUGGAUGCUGAGGUUGAGGCUUUUUCUAUGACUUGGGAUAUAGAUGCGGACGCGAAGGAAGCUGCUCGGGCUUUUCUUGAUAUUUGGACAGAAAAUUUGGCCAAGGAUGGGGAUGUGGAGAAAGAGGAAGCGGAGGAAGCUAUAGCUUUGCUUGCGGCAUGGAUUGGGAUUUCAGCUAACGCUGAGAAUGUGGCGGAAGAGAAGGAGAAGGAGGAGGAGGAUGAAGAGGAUGAUAAGACUUUGGCUGAGAUUUUGGCUGAAAUUAAGGCUCAGCGUGUGACACCUGUCAAUCCUGGACCGUCCAAACCAGUGGGUAAACGUAAGCGGGAAGAAGAUGCUGCAGAAACUCUUCCUGAAAAGAAACGGCCAAGGUGA